AUGAAUAUUAUUAAAAAUAUCUAAAAGUUUAUUCGAUUACAUAAAGAAUUGAUUCUCAUCUAUUAUUAUUUGCUUAAGAGAUCAAAAUUAAUGCCAUAUUUUUUAGGAAUUUGUAUUGAUUUCUGUUUAUUUCAGUAUCCUUGUUUGUAAUUGUUAAAUUAUUAUUGAUAACAAAUCCUAGAGUAAAAAGAAACAUAACAGGUAAGUAUUGAAAAAAUUCAUACGUAAUAGUGACAGGAGGAUCUGAUUGUCUUGGAAAAAAUAUGUAUCCAAUUUGCUAAAUAAGGAUUCAAUAUUUUGAGAGUGACAAAAAAGAAUGA